AUGGGAGCCAUGGCUUAUCCCUUACUCUUCUGCCUCCUGCUCGCUCAUCUGGGUUUGGGAACUGUGAGCACCAGCCGCGACCCUCCGGGACGGCUGGACUCCCCUCGAGAGAGAAGCCUGAGGCUGAAGCAGCACGCCCAGCAGCCCGCUCGAGCCUCUGCCUCGGACCCCUCGGCUCCCUGGAGCCGCUCCACCGACGGCACCAUCUUGGCGCAGAAACUCGCCGAGGAGGUGCCCAUGGACGUGGCCUCUUACCUCUACACCGGGGACUCCCACCAGCUGAAGCGAGCCAACUGCUCCGGCCGCUACGAGUUGGCGGGCCUGCCGGGGAAGUCGUCGGCCCUAGCCAGCUCCCACCCCUCCCUGCACGGGGCGCUGGACACGCUGACACACGCCACUAACUUCCUCAACAUGAUGCUGCAGAGCAAUAAGUCGCGGGAGCAGAACUUGCAGGACGACCUGGAGUGGUACCAGGCACUGGUGCGGAGUCUGCUGGAGGGCGAGCCCAGCAUUUCCCGGGCAGCCAUCACCUUCAGCACCGAGUCGCUGUCCGCGCCCGCCCCGCAGGUUUUCCUCCAGGCCACCCGCGAGGAGAGUCGCAUCCUGCUCCAGGACCUGUCCUCCUCGGCACACCACCUGGCCAACGCCACGCUGGAGACCGAGUGGUUCCACGGCCUGCGGCGCAAGUGGCGGACCCACUUACACCGCCGCGGCUCUAACCAGGGGCCCCGGAGCCUGGGCCAUAGCUGGCGGCGCCGGGACGGGCUUGGCGGGGACAAGAGCCAUGUCAAGUGGUCCCCGCCUUAUUUGGAGUGCGAGAACGGGAGUUACAAGCCUGGGUGGCUGGUCACUCUCUCCGCUGCUUUCUACGGGUUGCAGCCUAACCUGGUCCCCGAAUUCAGGGGUGUUAUGAAAGUUGACAUAAAUCUUCAGAAAGUGGACAUUGACCAAUGUUCAAGUGAUGGCUGGUUUUCAGGAACUCACAAAUGUCACCUUAACAAUUCAGAGUGUAUGCCAAUUAAAGGCCUAGGAUUCGUGCUUGGAGCCUACCAGUGCAUUUGCAAAGCAGGAUUCUAUCAUCCUCAAGACUUCUCAGUGAACAGCUUUCAGAGAAGAGGUCCUGAUUUGGAAAUUUCAGGAAGUGCAAAAGAUGUGUCAGAAGAAGUCCAUGUCUGCCUACCCUGCAGGGAGGGCUGCCCCUACUGUGCUGAUGACAGCCCCUGCUUUGUCCAGGAGGAUAAGUAUUUGCGACUUGCUAUCAUCUCCUUCCAAGCCCUGUGUAUGCUGCUCGACUUCGUUAGCAUGCUGGUGGUCUACCACUUUCGCAAAGCAAAGAGCAUCAGGGCAUCAGGCCUUAUCCUGUUGGAAACAAUUCUUUUUGGGUCUCUGCUUCUAUACUUUCCUGUUGUUAUUUUGUAUUUUGAGCCAAGCACGUUUCGCUGUAUUCUCCUAAGAUGGGUCCGUCUUCUCGGUUUUGCUACUGUUUACGGAACUGUCACUCUCAAGCUUCACAGGGUUUUGAAGGUGUUUCUUUCACGAACAGCCCAGCGGAUUCCAUAUAUGACUGGUGGACGGGUCAUGAGGAUGCUGGCAGUAAUGCUCCUGGUAGUAUUUUGGUUUCUUGUUGGCUGGACUUCGUCUGUUUGCCAGAAUUUGGAGAGGCAGAUUUCACUUAUUGGCCAAGGGCAAACAUCUGAUCACCUCAUCUUCAAUAUGUGCCUCAUUGAGCGCUGGGAUUACAUGACAGCAGUUGCUGAAUUUUUAUUCCUCUUGUGGGGUGUUUAUCUCUGCUAUGCAGUGCGGACCGUCCCAUCAGCAUUUCAUGAGCCACGAUAUAUGGCUGUUGCAGUUCACAAUGAGCUCAUUAUCUCUGCUAUAUUCCAUACAAUUAGAUUCGUUCUUGCCUCAAGACUUCAGUCUGACUGGAUGCUAAUGCUGUAUUUUGCACAUACUCAUUUGACUGUGACAGUCACCAUUGGGUUGCUUUUGAUUCCAAAGUUUUCACAUUCAAGCAAUAACCCCCGAGAUGACAUUGCUACAGAAGCAUAUGAAGAUGAGCUAGACCUGGGUAGGUCUGGGUCCUACCUGAACAGCAGCAUCAACUCUGCGUGGAGUGAGCACAGCUUGGACCCAGAGGACAUUCGGGAUGAGCUAAAGAAACUCUAUGCCCAGUUGGAAAUAUAUAAAAGGAAGAAGAUGAUUACAAAUAACCCUCACCUCCAGAAAAAGCGGUGCUCCAAGAAGGGCUUAGGCCGUUCCAUCAUGAGGCGUAUAACCGAGAUCCCAGAGACGGUUAGCAGGCAGUGUUCCAAAGAGGACAAGGAAGUCACAGACCACAGCACAGCCAAAAGCACUGCCCUGGCCAGGAAGAACCCACAAGAAUCUUCAGGUAACACCGGGAAGCCCAAAGAAGAGUCCCUGAAAAACCGAGUCUUCUCGCUAAAGAAAUCACACAGCACUUAUGAUCAUGUGAGGGAGCACACGGAAGAGUCCAACAGUUUACCAGUGGAAAGCCAAGAUGAGGAGGCUACAGAACAUUCCACACUAGAGUCUCUGUCAAGUAAAAAACUAACACAAAAACUGAAAGAAAACAGUGAGGCCGAGUCCACAGAGUCUGUGCCUUUGGUGUGUAAGUCAGCAAGUGCACACAAUCUCAGCUCAGAGAAGAAGCCAGGCCACCCCCGAACAUCGAUGUUGCAAAAGUCUCUCAGUGUCAUCGCAAGCGCCAAGGAGAAGACUCUUGGAUUAGCUGGGAAAACUCAAACAUCAGGCAUGGAAGAACGUGCUAAAGCCCAGAAACCAAAAGAUAAAGAAACAAAUAGAAAAUACUCAAAUUCAGAUAAUGCAGAGACUAAUGAUUCUGCCCCCCAAAACUCCAAUCAUUUGGAAGAGCCAAGAAAACCUCAGAAAUCUGGGAUUAUGAAGCAACAACGGGUCAACCCGGCCACUGCCAAUUCUGACAUGAGCCCGGGCACCCCCCAGACGAAGAACAACUUUGACAUUGGGGAAGUGUGCCCUUGGGAGAUUUAUGACCUGGCCCCCGGUCCUGUGCCUUCAGAAUCAAAAGUUCAAAAACACGUAUCUAUUGCAGCUUCUGAAAUGGAGAAAAACCCAACUUUUUCCUUAAAGGAGAAGUCUCAUCAGAAGCCCAAGGCAGCUGAACUGUGUCAGCAAACCAAUCAGAAGAGCAUAGACAAGGCUGAGGUGUGCCCUUGGAAGAGCCAAGGCCAGCCUGGUUUUGAAGAUGAGAAGCAUCUGAUUCCCAAGACUCAAGUUCCCACAGGGAGAGCCAGAGAGGAGAAUGGCAAUCAGCAUUAUGCAGCCAAUGUGUGUGCCGGGCAGUAUGAAGAACUGCCCCCCAAAGCUAUAGCAUCAAAAGUCGAGAAUGAAAAUCUCAACCAAACAGGAGACCAGGAGAAAAAGACAUCCUCCCCUGAGGAAAAUGUGCCUGGCUCCUAUAACUCAAGUAAUAACUUUCGGCAGCCUUUAACAUCACGAGCUGAGGUGUGUCCCUGGGAGUUUGAGACCCCAAAUCAACCAAAUGCUGAAAGAAGUGUAGCUUUACCUGCCUCUUCCACUUUAAGUGCAAAUAAAAUAGCGGGGCCUCGGAAAUGAGAGGUCUGGGGUCCAUUUAAAGUGUACCAUCCCCAGAAAGAAAAGGAGAAGGAAGAAACCCUGAAUUCGACAAAAAUAAGAGGAUCAAAGAUUCCCAAGGAGUGUUUGUCAGGAAACGUGAAAGGCCCAGGUUGAAGAAGACCGGGAGGGCAGAGGGACACCACAAUGGAAGACAGACUGGCCAAGAGAAAUCUUUCCCCUGGGGACACCAGGGGAGUCCUUACAUUUAUGUAUGUUUAGGGGGAGUAGCCCUCACUGUCUGCCCCUGAUCAGUAUUGACCCAUGGCACUUUGAAGACCCUAAACAAGGCAGACCAGAAGACACGGAAGAGGUACAACAUUUUGCAAAGAAGGUAUGGACAUGGAUGACCGAAAUUCUAAGUAGCUAACUGAACUUACUUUACCUAUUUAACCUUGAUAGCACCGCUAACUUAAUGCAUCCCAAAAAUACCUUUUAUAUUAAUGAUUGCUCUCAUUUUCUUAUAAAUGUAUGUUUCAGUACAUUGUUGUGUCUCGUAUUCAAGCAUUCCAGAUUGUAUAAUUUUUGCAAAUAACUUUGAUAUUAUAUGACACAACACAUUUAUGCAAUCCCGCAGCUACUCAAUUGUUAUUGCAAGUUACAGAUUACCUGCUAUCUAUCAACUUUAGUUGGUUCUUGAAGUACAGUAAGCUUUCUCUGGCUUGGGAAGCCAUAACCGUUAUGAUAAAAUCUUUUAGUUUUGGCUGUGGUUUAUAUAUUGUGAAUUUGGAUUUGAUUCUAUUGUUUCACAUCAUGGUUUGUUAUACUGUCUUAAUCAGGGUUUUUUAUACAAGUUGAGUUACUUGUUUUGCACUUCUUGUUAGGACUCCGAGAGCAAGUGGUCCUACUUAGUCAUAUGUCUCAAUAAAGGACAACUUACCUAUUGUUUGUUCAGAGUCAGAGACAGGUAACACCUUCAUUCCAAUUUAUUGUCCCUUUUAACUCUCAGUAUUUCAUACUUAGCAUUUCGCAAGGAAGAAGCUAAGAGUGAGAAAAAUAUACUGCACAUUAUUAUUACCACUGAAAAGGGAAGACUCUAGGAAUGACAUGAGAAUUAACUACAGUAC